AUGCAAUCAUUAAUCUAAGCUUUUCAGCAAAAAAUAUCCUUGUCUGCUUCAUUUGUUAAAUAAUCUACUCCAUAAAUAUUGUUUGGCAUAAGUCUACUUUCUUGUUUAUACCUUUUAAAUUAAUAAUAAAAAGAGGAAAAACAAGUUGAACCUGAAAAGACUGAAAAAAAAUUAAAAAAAAAAGCAUCCAGCUAAAAAAAUCUGGAUGAUAAUAAGCCACAAUAUAUGGAUGUUAUAUCAGAUCUGGUAUGAAUAGUUUAAUUUAAAAGAAAAAAAGCUAAAAGAAAUUAAACAAAAAAAUUAAUAAGUAAUUUGAUGAUUCAAUUGACAACACUGAAGAAAAUAUACCUAGAUCACCUGAUUACAGUGUGGUUUCAGAAAUAGAUUAGAAAUACUUUUAAGAGUUGAUUCAAAAUUAAAAAAAAACUAAAAGAGCUUACUAAACUGAUUGUGAAUCAACACCUAUUAUAUCAUUAAGAGGGUAUGUUAUAUAAAAAGAGUUUUUAGAUUUAGAAGAAAUUAAUAAUUGAUAGGAGAAGAAGAUAAAAAAGGAGAAGAUCGUUUGUUUUAUAUUCUCAAAUAACGUGUAAUUGAAUAAGAGGAAAAAGAAAAUGAAAUUGAUGAAGAUGAUAUUUGA